AUGCUUGUGGAUGGGAAGUUUCUCGCUUUGCAGCUCAUCGUUAACGGGCGAGCUGGGCCAGGAAUCCGGGAGUUGCUACCUUCGGACCUGACUGCACUCGACGAACACAUCCACCGCUGCAAACUGGGACCCUUCCGACCUGGCGUGGCUCGAGGUCUGGCGGAGGAGAUGGCCACGGCGCCGAACCAAGCGGAGCAUGCGCGAGCAGCGAAGGAGCUGCAAAAGCUGCGUUCAAAGGCCCGCUCGGAGCUGGGAAAGCUACGUCGGAUCCAGGAGAACCGGCUUGCCCAGCUCAGAACGCCCGAGGAGCCAGGAGCCCUCCCGCAGAAGGAAGACAAAGGAAAAGACUCCGCAAUCGCUGCUGGGUCUGCAUUCCCACAGGAUGUCGACAUUCCUGCCUUUGCCACUGCUGGAUUGGAUCCCUGCUUCGACAGCAUCGGCUUGAUGUAUCACGAAGUGGACUGUAUGCGUGAGGUCAGGAAAGGUGGCUUCGAGUUCCUCUGCGGCGGCAAGUACCACGUCUGGGUGACCUGUGGAGACGAAAAUGGCAGCUGCAACUCGGCUUCCGAUUCCAGGAUCCUGGUCAUUGGUUUCAGUAUCACUAUCCAUCGUUUUCUGAAAGGCGGUGCUGACAAGUUGCCCUGCCCCACCUACAAGCCCAAUUCCGGUGGCUCUUCCUGCGGUUUGUCGAUGACCCGGCCACAAGAUUUUGUCUGCAGCCUGGACGACCUUGACCAUGCAUUUUGGAGCUUGAUAUUCCAAGAGCGGGCACGGUCGGCUUUCUUGCCGGGUGGAGUCGCAGUGGACCCAUUGUAG